UUAUCUUUUGAAGAAGAAAAAAAAAAACCAACUGCUGUAGUUGAAGUAGUGGAAGGAUUAAGCAACUGAAAAUUUUCACAUAAAUUAGGAAAAGAAGAAGAAGAAGAAUAAGAAAUCAUCUUCCCACUCUCAGACGGCGUUGCCCCCUUUCUUAUAGGUUAUCGCCGGAAGCAUAAAACGCCCUUUCUUUAUACUUCUACAAUGUCUUUUCCCCAUUCGCAAAAGUCGCUACCAAAAGCGCUUUUGAUUAAAGGAAACCCCAAAAGAGCUUCUUCCUCUUCCUCUAACUCUUCUUCUUCUAAUGAAAGCUGAAGAAUCCAUUCUUUGUAGUUUUCUUUCUGUAUAGUUCUUUUGUUGAAAACAACUUCGUGGGGGAUUCGAAGAAACCCCAACAACCAAAUUUCUCUUCUGGGUUUUCUUUUGUAAGCACCUUCUAGAAGAAAAGAAUUUUGUGGGUAUUGUUAUUUUUGGGAUUUCUGAUUGAAGAAGGAGAGAACCAAUUUGCUGGAUUAUGUAUUAUCGGCUAGCGAUGUCUUCUUGUUCGGAUUCUCUGAAGGUCCUGGAAGAAGAUGUACGGCGCGCCAAUACUUUGGCGGCUGCAAUUCCAAGAGCCAAACAUGGUUCCUAUCUUCAAAUGAAGUUGGUUUACAAUCAAUUGGCACCCUUCUUUCUGUUUUUGAUGCAAUGGCUGGAUUGCUCAUGCACUUGUAUACUUCCCAGAUACCUAAAUUUCUUCCACAUACUUGUUUACAAGGUUUACACUGAUGGAAGACCUAACAUAUCAGCACAUGGAAGAAAGGCAACUGUCAAGGAUUUUUAUGCUGUCAUAUUGCCAUCCCUUCAACGGCUCCAAGCAGACAUCGAGGAGUUCGACAGUGCUAAAAAGAAGCAUGCCAAGUCCGAUAAUUCUAGCGAGAGAAGAAUCCAAGGAGAUGGAAAACUCUCCAACGGUGAUUUAGAAAGAGAAGAUGAGUGUGGGAUUUGCUUAGAACCUUCAACAAAAAUGGUGUUGCCAAACUGCUGCCAUUCAAUGUGCAUCAAAUGUUACCACAAUUGGAACAUGAGAUCAGAAUCGUGCCCAUUUUGCCGGGGAAGCUUGAAAAGGAUCAAAUCAGAGGACUUGUGGGUGCUAACUUGCAAUGAAGAUGUGGUUGAUGCUGAAAAGGUUUCGAAGGAAGAUCUCUCACGGUUCUAUCUAUAUAUAAGCAGUCUACCAAAGGAAUAUCCUGAUGCCCUUUUCUUAGUUUAUUAUGAAUACUUGAUCUGAAUAAAAAAUAAGCCAAUUUCUGUACAGAUACAUGAAAGCCGACCGUUAAAUGUAAACAGAGUUCGGUAAGAAAAAUUAUCUGGUUUUAUGAAAAUGAAAUGGUUCAUCCUCUUUACAUCAAAUUCACAAUCUUGUAAGACUAAAAUUAUGGUGGAGGGACUACGGUGGUUUUUCUUCUCCAUAAUUUUACUCAUUUUUUCCCCUGAAUAAAGUAUGAUUUCCAUGUAUCAAUUACGCAA